AUGGGGAACUUUGAUAUGGUUCCAUUAGAGAUCAUGUUAGAAAUCUUAUCUCGUGUACCAGCUGAAUCUAUAUUUGAAUGCAAAUUAGUGUCUAAGCCAUGGAGAGAUCUUGUUCGACAUCCAUCCUUCUCACAAUUGCACUUUAAUCAUCUCAAUGCUCCUGAUUACGGUAAGUUGGGUUUCAUAUUAACAGGUUCUGAAAAAGAGUUAUAUUACAGUGAGUAUGAUGAGAGAGAAUAUAUUGUCCUUCCAGAGGUUACCGCUAGUGGAGUAAACUUUUUAACUGGAUUUGGUUACUGUGCUUCAACCAAUGAGUACAAGCUUUUUGCCAUUGUAUGGAGAAAUGUUCUUGUUUACACUCGCAUUGGAUGGAGAAAUGUUAAAAAGAUGGACUGCGAUAUAAUAUCUGGUAAACAUAAGAAAGUUGGUGAGUUUUCGAAUGGAGCUAUUAACUGGGUGGACCAGAAAGGAACUACUAUUGCGUUCAAUUUGGCUGAUGAAGAGUUACACGCACUUCCUCCACCACCUUGUUUGCUACGCGCUGCUAAUGGAACCGGUGGUGGUGUAGCUGAUGAUAAUGAAAUGCUUAAGUUGAGUAAUAGUGACGUUGUUGCUGAUAUGGAAGCUUUUGACAUGGGUUUCUGGGUUGAACUGCAAGUGGAGAUGUUUUAG